UUAUUUUAUGGCCAUCUGAAUCCAGAAAAACUAAAAACUUGGCCUCUGAAGGAUGUCUGCUAGCACCAGGCAAGCCAUAGAAAACAGAAAGAUUCUUGAAGAUCUCCAAGCUCAAAAGAAGCAGCUUCUGCUGAAGCCAGGAGCUGUUCCAUUUGCUUCUGGAACACCUGGUACUCCUGCGGGCGUAACUACAAGCGGUGAUCACCUGCUCUCGCCGGCGCAGCGGCAGGCGCUGCAGCAGGCCAACAGCACUUCGUUCGGCUACUUCGUGCCGCAGGACUCGCUCUUCGGCAACCUGGUGAUGCCUGUGAUCCCUCGCUUGGAGGUCGGCGGCGCUCGCAAGGACAAAUAGCGCCCCUGCGUCCUCUACACCUUGGGCCACCCCGCGCUCUCUACACCUUGGGCCACCCCGUGCCCCCUACACCUUGGGCCGCCCCGCGCUUCUCGUUUCGCGCCGCGCCCGCCAGGCGACGGCCGGUAUG